AUGACGAGUAGUGCCGCUUGCGCUCUCUCCGGCACCCUCAUCAUCGCUGGAGGCUGGCUCGGCGUCAUGUGGGUCGGCCUCAUCACGCUCGCCUUGCACCUCCAGAUCUGCUGGAACGUCGCCGUCGGCCCCGUCUUCACCCGCGCCACUCUCGUCGCCGGCUGGUCCGUGCCCGCCGUCGCCGUCGGCCUCGCGCUCAAGUUCUGCGGCGUUUCCUUCCGCCUCGCUGCCGGCUGUCACGUCAACGCCGCCAACAGCCUCCCCGUCCUCUGGGUGCCGCUGCUGCUCGUCGCUGCCCUCACCCUCAUCGUCCAGCUCGCCACCUUUGCCUACUGCGGCCGCGUCUACUUGGCCACGCUGCGCGCGCCGUCAGUUUCGCCGCCGCUGCCGCACUCCGCGCGCCGGCCCCUCUCGCCCAAGGACACCUACCACCACGUGCGCCGUCUCGUCCAGCUGCAAUGGCGCGCCAUCCUCAUUGUCUCCAUCAUCGUCGCCGACAUCGUCUUCUUCGCCGUCGUCUUCCUCGCCAUGAACCGCCUCGAGGCCGCCCUCGCCGCCGCCCACGAGACCGUGCGGCCCUGGCUCGUCUGUCUCAUCGCCACCUCUGGCCGCGGCGAGGCCUGUUCCGCCAUCCUCCAGUCCCUGCGGCCCAACGAGUCCACCCUCAUCUCCGUCCUCGCCCUACUCUCCGUCGAACGGUUUCUGGUGUCUGUUGCUCUUGGGCCGUGCGUCGAUGCUCGUCGACUGGUGGCAUCUCCUCUCGCAUCGCCGCCCUCAGCCCGUCCCCGCGCCUUUCUCUGCCGACCCACACCUCUAUGCGGCCCAAGCGCCAUCCUUCGAAUUGAUCGCCGCCCUACCUCAUCCCGGAAAGCUCUCAUCCGCCUCGCUCUUGCCGUCGCCGCCCGAACCCGCCCAUCACCAGCACCAGCACGCUCUCCUGAUUCCCCACUUGCCAUGAGUCUCUCCUACAUGGCCACCUGUAAUGAGAAGAGAAUCUUCGACGUGCCUAGAGACGCUGAAGGUGCGAAGAAUGUAGAGAGGCGGGACCAGGUCAAUUGUAUCAAAUGUAUUCUACUGCAAACAGCCAGCCUCCUCCAAAUCCGUUUGUACAGAGUCCAGAGUGCAGCGCACCUAAAGUAUCGACAAACUGCUAGUCUUAGUUGA